AUGGAUAAGAUUCUGAAUCACAUCUUCCGUGUGAGCGUCGACGAGAAGCGGCUUGUCGACGUCCAUGGUCAUAAGCUCUCUUUGCUGCCCAACCUCAGCGAGGAGCUGAAAGACCAGGGUGCCCCGCUGAGACUCACAGCCGACGUUCUCGACUCGGCCAUUCUCGAGGCCUGCAGCGCAAUCCCUCACGAUAAGCCGAUCAUGGAUUACCUCCUUCCUUGCUGGAAGCGAGUUGUUGCGGCAAAGAAGAACAUGAGAGUUUCGACUCCACAGAAGGAUGAGGUUUUGGCAGAGGCUCGACGGCUUUGCAUGGCGUACUGCAUCUUUGCACUCACUAUGCCCGAUCUAUUCAGUCGCGAAUCGAGUGAUUCAAUCGUGCCAUACCUCCUCAAGGACCUUGAACACGAAAGCGGGAUUGGUCUGGACUUCAUAUCGGACGCUGUUGCACGCUUUGAAGACGAUGACAGUAUCCCGGGUAUCUUCACCAAGGCAAUGGUAGAUAUCAGCGCCAAACUGUCAACCCUGACCAUGAACGAUGACUACAAACCUUAUGUCAAUGCCCUAAUCCUCUACUCCAAAUUCCCUGCGCUACUGAAUGCUUUAGCUCAACAUCCGUGUUUCCUCAUGGCUCAGUCAGCCCCUGGCAUAGAGAAGCAUACUGUUCUCGGUCCCUUCUUCCGCAUAUCGCCCCUGCAAACGGAAGUCACAAGGGCUUACUUCACUGGGCCAAGAGUCAUGGAGAAAACUGCUGUCAAGAACGCUCAGAAUGCACUGCAGAUCACUAUAACUGCGCACCAGAUGGAUCUUAGAGGGAUCAUCAAUGCGUUCAUUCGCGCAAGUAUUGACACCCGAAACAAGGUCUUGGACUGGUUUGCAUAUAUCAUGAACGUCAAUCAUAAGCGACGAGCCAUUCAGGUUGACCCGAAGGAAGUAUCCUCAGAUGGGUUCAUGAUGAACGUGACGGUCAUUUUGGACCAUCUAUGCGAACCUUUUAUGGACUCGACCUUCUCCAAGGUUGACAGAAUCGAUGUGGACUACUUCAAGCGCAAACCUCGAGUCGAUAUCAAGGAAGAGACUAAGCUCAAUGCUGACCAGUCUCACUCUGAUACCUUCUACAGCCAGAGCGUUGACGGGAGUUCUAAUUUCAUCUCGGAAGUGUUCUUUCUGACAUUAGCUGCUCAUCACUAUGGGAGCGAGGCUACCAAUUCCAAGUUGAAGAAUCUUGAUAGAGAUAUCAAGUUCUACGAAAAACAUAUCAGGCAGAUGGAGGCUGAGCGUUCCAAGUUCUUGAGCAACCCAUCCCAGAUGGCCCUAUUCGAAGUCAGUCUCAAGCGACACACAGAUGUUCUUGAAAAGUCCAUGUCUCUCAAGUUCGCUAUCGAGGGUGUUCUCUUGGAUGAGAAGAUGCAGGGCCGGUCUCUUCAGUUCAUGAGAUACGUCGCUGUAUGGUUGCUCCGAGUGGCCAGUCAGUCGGAUUAUAAACCGGACAAGCCUCUUCGUCUUCCGUUGCCGGCUAAGCAACCUGAUGCUUUCAGUUGUCUUCCAGAGUAUGCCUUACAGGACGUUGUCGACAACUUCAAGUUUGUCUUCAGAUUCGUCCCGCAGAUCAUCUUAUCGGCAGUUGGGGACGAGAUGAUUGCGCUCUGUGUGACAUUCCUCGAGUCUUCUGAAUAUGUCCGCAACCCCUACCUCAAGUCUACCUUGGUCACGCUCCUGUUCUCAGGCACAUGGCCCGCAUAUCAUCUCCGUAAAGGAGUGCUGGGCGAUGCGUUGACAGGUACCAAAUUCGCGAACGACUACCUCUUGCAUGCUCUUAUGAAGUUCUAUAUCGAGGCCGAAUCCACUGGAGUGCAUACGCAAUUCUAUGACAAGUUCAACAUCCGCUAUGAGAUUUUCCAGAUCAUUAAGUGUGUUUGGUCGAAUGAUUUCUAUAAGGAGCAGCUUGCAAAGCAGAGCAGGACUGAUCGGCAAUUCUUUGUCCGGUUCGUCAAUCUCCUGCUGAACGACGCAACCUUCGUGAUGGACGAGGCACUGGGCAAGUUCCCAAAAAUUCACGACUUACAACAGGAAUUACGUGAGAACCAGAGCCUAUCACAACAAGACAGGCAGAAGAAAGAGGAAGAACUUCAGUCUAUCGAGUCAACGGCACAGUCAUUUAUGCAGCUGGCGAAUGAGACGAUCGCCAUGAUGAAGCUGUUCACUAAGGCGUUAUCCGGGCCUUUCACAAUGCCUGAGAUUGUUUCACGACUGGCUGGUAUGCUUGAUUACAACCUUGAUACACUAGUCAGCCCCAAGAGCCAGAACCUAAAGGUUGAGAAUCCCGAGAAGUAUCACUUCAACCCAAGGACGCUUUUGCCUGACAUUGUCGACAUUUACCUAAACCUCGGUGGUAUCGAGAGCUUCGUAGAGGCAGUGGCCUCUGACGGUCGUUCCUACAAGCCCGAGACGUUUGAUCGCGCAUCGAACAUCAUGGGUAAGCGAGGCCUGAAAGCUCCGGAUGAGCUUCAGGCCUGGAGCGAUCUUAAAGCCCGCAUUGCCAAAGCAAAGGAGGUUCUUGACCAGGCUGAAAUGGACUACGGAGAGAUCCCCUCCGAAUAUGAGGACCCCAUCAUGGGUGACUUGAUGAAGGAUCCCGUCAUCCUUCCCUCGCAUAACAUUGUUGACCGCUCCACGAUCAUUCAGCACCUUCUUUCCGACCCGACGGACCCGUUCACUCGCAGCAAGAUGAGCAUUGAGGACGUGCAACCCGCCACAGAGCUGCGAGAGCAGAUUGAGGCAUGGAAAGCGGAACGUGUUGCCGCCGCCAAAGCUAAGGCGAUGGCUGAUGUGAUGGAUACGACUGAGGGCUGA